AUGGAAUCCACCGUUCUGCAACUCCCCCAAAGAGGAUGCAAAGCACACGAGGACGCGGGCGGGACUUUUUCUUCCCGGGCGACCAGCUGCGGAGUGGAUCGCAAUCCAAUCAGAGAACUAGCUUUCCUCUUGCUUCAGCUUCCGGUUAUGAACGGAAUCCUCAGUGAAGGGCAAAAGACACUGAGGGUGGAUAUUAAUAGAAGUGCUAACGCCGCUUGUACCUGCCUGGCCUGGGCACCGCCGGGCGCCGGAGGGGGCCGACCGCCUCCCAGCAAGGAAGGUCCUCAAAGGAAGAAGAGGAAAUCUGAAGUUGUAGAAGCAGGUGAACAGUUAGAUCUUUUGGCUAUUGGUACUGCUGUUGGCAGCAUUUUAUUAUACAGCACAGUGAAAGGAGAAUUACAGAAUAAACUAAAUGGGCAUGAUAAUAAAAUAAACUGCGUACGGUGGCAUCAGGACAAUGGUUGUUUAUAUAGCUGUUCAGAUGAUAAACAUAUUGUGGAAUGGAACAUACAGACUUGUAAAGUGAAAUGCAAAUGGAAAGGAGAUAACAGCAGUGUGAGCUCACUGUGCAUCAGUCCUGAUGGAAAAGUAUUACUUUCAGCAGGUCGAACUAUCAAACUGUGGGACUUGGAGACCAAAGAAGUCUAUAGACAUUUCACAGGACAUGCUACAGCAGUGUCAAUGCUUAUGUUCAUCACAGUUCGGCCUCCAGUUGAAAAUCAACCCUUUGAUGGAAUUACAGGACUCUAUUUCUUAUCUGGAGCAAUGCAUGACCGGUUACUCAGUGUGUGGCAGGUGAGAUCAGACAGGAAAGAAAAGAAUGCUGUGAUGAGUUUCACAGUAACAGAUGAACCAAUCCAUAUUGACUUGACGAUAUCAGAAAGCAAAGAACAGCCAGUGAAGAUAGCAGUGGUAUGCAGAGAUGGACAGUUGCAUUUAUUUGAGCAAGUCUUGAAUGGCUAUUGCAAAAAGCCCUUGACAUCCAAAUGUACAAUCCAGAUAGCAACACCUGGAGAAGAAAGUGAUUCUACACCAAAGCCAGUCCCUAUCCUAGCAGCUGCAUUUUGUUCAGAUAAAGAAUCAUUGCUACUUGUGUAUGGGAAUUCCUUACAGCCUGUUAUUGAGAAAGUGUCUUUGAAUACUACAGAAACACAUAUCUGCUUAAUAAGGGACAUUCAGAAGACCUUGACCCUGAAAAGAGAAAUGGCUGUAACAAAGGUGAAAACUCCUGUAAUCAACUCAGAGGUCAAAACGUUAGUGCCUGGGAUUCCUGGUCAUAGUGCAGCUGUGAAAUCUUCAGUAUGCAGAGAUAAAAAUAAAAGGAAGACAGAUGGCAAAGAGGAGAGUAUUGAAGACCGCCUUAGUGCUAUGGAUAUUGAUGUGAUGAAAGUAAAACAGCCAUCUGGAAGCCUUCCACAGACUGAUAAUUUUGCAGUGCUUUUAGUUCAGGGUUUGGAAAGCAGUGAUCCUGUAAUUUUAAAUAAAGUACUUCAAACCAAGAAAGAAGCAGUAAUAAAGAAAACAGUAGCCAGAAUGCCUGUGUAUGCUGUUAUUCCCCUACUGCGUGAGCUCACAAAAAGGCUGCAAGGUCAUCCAUACAGUGCUUCACAAAUGGUUCGAUGGUUAAAGCCUGUUUUGACUCUGCAUGCAUCCUACCUUUCAACAUUGCCAGAUCUAGCCUCCCAGCUUGGAACAUUAUAUGAGUUAAUGGAAAGCAGAGUAAAAACUUUGCAGAAGCUUUCUCGCUUACAUGGGAAACUAUAUCUUAUUAUCACCCAAGUGGCUGCAUUGGAACAGGCUCAGGAUGUGCCUGACAUUGAUCAGACUGCAAAACUAGUAUAUGAGGAAGAAUCAUCAGAGGAUGGUUCAGAUGAUGAGAUGGUUGCAGACAGAGAUUCAGAUGAAAACUGGGAUGAAGAUGAAGAGAAGGAAGAUGAGGAGAACAAUGAGAGAGAUGAACAGUCAGAUGAUGAGCAAGAGAUGGCAAUAGAAAAAGAAAUCAAUGGAGACUCAGAUUUGGAUCCAGAAAAUGAAAGUGAAGAAGAAUAGCAUACCCUUUAAAGAAAGAAAGCUUGUUGGAGCUGGCUACCAAAAUGUGUCACUUCUGGAUUGCCAUGCUGAAAGCCACUUGCAUCACACAAGGGAGUGGACACUUGAUACUGCAAUAUGUCUAAUGGCAUAUUAGAAAACUGUUUCCAGGCCUGGAGUGUAUAAUGAUGCCAUCCUUCUUGUUCUUCUGUUUUGUAUUUCUAGGGAUCACAGUGAAACAUCUUUCUUCCACAUAGCAAGUAAAUUAACUCUUUUACCUGGACAUUCAUUUUACAGCUCAAGUCUAAUAGCUUAUCAAGCCCCAUUGGGUGACGAUCCUGUUGCAGCUUUGUUUUAUCAGUUCCAAAUUCUGAUGGAUUGAAGACCACUCUAUCUUCUUAACCUCCUUUAGUUAAGUACUUUCCUAGCUGGCAUCUUGCUACAAUUUUUGGAAGAAAAUAAAUAUUUUUGUAAGACUCAAAAACAUUACUUUGAAUUUCUUGAUAGUUCUUCCUCUUUCCUUCACAACCACCACCAUUCUUUCAUAAGAGAAUUAUACAUACCUUAGCAAUGAUACAUUGCAAACCAGGUUUUAAGACUAAACUGACUUUUUUUAUAUGUGUGUGUAAAUCAGUCAUUUUUCAUGUACUUAAAAGAAAAAGACCUGUGCUUGAUCCUAACUUUUUGUUUUAAUUAUGCUUGUAUAUAAGUUUAAUGCUGACCCAGAGAAAGUUCAUCUUUGGAGGGGGAAAAAUAAUGAAAAUUGGGGGCGGGGGGGGAAGAGACUUGUGAAUAAUGUUAAAGAAAACUUAUAAAUUUAUUACGAAUUUUUAAUCUUGGGAAGAAAGGGGUUGCUAUUAGCUCAGUUAAGCUGAAGUGGUAUAAACAGUUUUAAGAGUAAAAUUGAGUAAAGUUUUUGAGCCAUUCACCAGUAUAAUGUACAGUUUAAUUUGUCUAUAAUUGGAGCUGUUGCAAGCUAAUGCUGCUCUCCUUUGUAAAGUGAAUAAAUAUACAUUGUCUUUAUCAAGUA